GAUUCCAGGCAUAUGCAUUGUUAGUGGCUGUGAUGUAGGGUUCAGCCAGGAGUUGGACUGUCGGAAGAGCAAAUGAAAUGGAAGGAGUGACAUCCCAGCUUCAAGUGGUGUCAGAUUUCCCAUCCUGCUUCACACAGGCAGAAGAUACCGUAAGUAACAGGUAACAUGAUAAGUAAUUGUUUUGACUUUAUGGAAAAAGCUGAAAGGAUUAAUUCCCUUGAUGAUUUGAGAGUGCCCCUGCCAUGCCCCACCUCUUCAUCCCACAAUAGAGAGCUACCUUGCACCAGGCAUACUCCAAAGACCCAUUACUCAAGACAACGACGUUCUACCUGUAGAGCGGGCUAAACCUCUGCGUAAAACGAAUUAACCCAAGAUAAAUCUACAGAAAAAAAAGAAGUGAUUUAUGAACAAAAGCACAAACAACGGAUUAACAUUUGUUAAGUUGCUCCAGUAAUCCAUAGUAAUCAAACUAAAGAAAGCUCAUUCUAAAAAGGUGGGCUGUCAACAUCCAGCCCCAAUCAUGGAUUGGAAGACCUUCCAAGCCCUCCUGAGUGGGGUGAAUAAGUACUCCACUGCGUUCGGCCGUAUCUGGCUCUCUGUGGUGUUUGUGUUCAGGGUAAUGGUGUACGUGGUGGCGGCAGAACGCGUGUGGGGCGAUGAGCAGAAGGACUUUGACUGCAACACCAAGCAGCCCGGCUGUGCUAACGUCUGCUACGACCACUACUUCCCCAUCUCCCACAUCCGCCUGUGGGCCCUGCAGCUCAUCUUCGUCACCUGCCCCUCCUUGAUGGUGGUGAUGCAUGUGGCGUAUCGCGAUGAACGUGAGCGAAAGUACCACGCCAAGCAUGGCAACAAGGCCAAGCUGUACGAGAACACAGGCAAAAAGCAUGGCGGCCUCUGGUGGACCUACCUGCUCAGCCUCUUCGUCAAGACAGGCAUCGAGAUCUCCUUCCUCUACAUCCUCCACAAAAUCUAUGACAGCUUCUACCUGCCCAGGCUGGUCAAAUGUGAGGUCAGCCCCUGCCCCAAUCAGGUGGACUGCUACAUCGGCCACCCCACAGAGAAGAAGGUCUUCACCUACUUCAUGGUGGGCGCCUCGGCCCUCUGCAUCGUGCUCAACGUCUGUGAGAUCAUCUACCUCGUCUCCAAGGGCAUCGCUCGCAAAGCACAAAAGAUGAAGAGAAGAGAGCGCACCUUGGCCUUGCAUGAACGGUACAACAAGGAGAAUUCCUGCAGCGACUGCAGCACUCUACCUAUGUCUCGGCUGGAGAAACAAUCCUUAAAUCCCCAGGUUCCAGGCCACCUACAAGCCACCUUACCGGCUCAUAUGCAUGCUUCUGCCCCUAACCUGUCCUAGAGUGGAUGUCCACUCUAUCCCAAGACUGAACCAAACAUGAAGGCCUAUGGAGCCAGGCCUCACCUUAUUGGUCAAGCCUGUAUGAGAGACAGACUUUUCUGUCUCUACUGCCCUAGCUAUUACUGCCCUAUACUGCCAUGGAGCAAGGCUUUGUAUUGAUGUACAUGACCCUGGGGCUAGACAAGCCUGUCGCGAGCCACAUUCCAUUUUAUACAACUAAACUCUUACUGCCAGACUGAAUAACCAACCCUUCCAACCCAUUUCCCUUUACUAUCAACGUUUCCCUUUCAAUGCAACAUAGCGAAACAAAAUGAACUAUGCAAGAGUUAGCAUGCAAAACUACUGUCACUAUGCAAUAAAUUUUUUGUAGGCAAAACG